CAUCAGAGGUCCAAGAACAGAAGACAUUACUUUAAAAAUAGUCGACGACCUGGCUCCCGUCCAGUUUUGGCAUUUUUUUAAAAAGUUGGAACAGAGCGCUAGAACCGAUUUGUAAAUUCAGUGUAUAAUAAAAGUCAAGCAUGAAUUGCAUAAUAUAUUUUGUAACGAUAACAAGUGUGAAGUAGUAAUGACUCGUAUAUCUAUAAAGUAAACAAACAGAUUUUUCCUUAUCUUGUACCUUGGUUCACUAAUGACGAAUUAAACAAGUUCGAGCAACAUGUUAAUAAACAUUUUUAUUUUUUGUCUACUAAUUCUAAACGUUUAUUGCCAAAAACCUGUGGUACUGACACCCCUUGGUACAGUCCAAGGGUACCACAAAACGUCCCAUGAAGGUCGCACCUUUUCCGCUUUCGAAGGCAUUCCUUUCGCCAAGCCCCCACUCGGAAAUAGACGCUUCGAGGAACCCGAACCCGUGGAACCUUGGUAUGGCACCUGGAACGCCACUUUUCUGUCCGAGUGUGCCCAAACCUUCAUGCUCCAUCCAGACCAAACCACAGGAGACGAAAACUGUCUUCACGUCAACGUCUACGUGCCCAGACAAACCCCAAACCCUGACGACAAUCUGGACGUCGUGGUUCAUAUCCACGGAGGUGCUUUUAUGUACCGCAGCGGCCACUCUUACUCGCGUCCCGAUUUUCUGAUGGACCACGAAGUCGUUUUCGUCACUUUCAACUACCGGUUGGGGGUUUUUGGGUUCUUGAGUACUGAAGAUGACGUGGUUCCUGGAAAUAAUGGUUUGAAGGAUCAAGUUUUGGCACUGGAGUGGGUGCGAGAUAAUGUCGCGAGUUUUGGUGGAAACCCGAGUUCUGUUACCAUUACUGGGUUAUCAGCUGGAGGAGCUAGUGUUCACUUGCACUAUUUUUCGCCUCUGUCUAGAGGUUUGUUUCAAAGAGGUUUUUCGCAGAGUGGUGUUGGUUUGAACCCUUUUACGAUCCAAGAGGAACCUUUAAUGAGAGCGAAAAAACUGGGAGCGGCGGUUGGGUGUCCUACCAGGUCGACGAGAGGUUUAGUGGAGUGUUUGAAGCAAAGACCGUCUAAACACAUCUUGAGUAAAAUUGGUUCUUUCUUCACUUAUGGGUUUUUGCCGUGUAUACCUUUUGGUCCUGUUGUUGAAAAAGGAGGAUCUAGACCAUUUCUAGCGACAGAUCCUUAUAUUUUACUGAAGAACGGGCAAGUGUAUGAUGUCCCAUGGGUAGUUUCCACGACGUCUCACGAAGGUCUAUUUCUUGUCAACAACUUCAUCGAGGAUUUGGACUACGUUGAUAAAAACUGGGAAGAUUUAGCACCAGAGUUCUUAGAAUUCAACUACACCCUCCACCCGUCACAAUGGGCUCCAGUCUCCAAAAAAAUCAAACAAUUUUAUUUCGGCGACGACCACUUCACUAAAAACAAUGUCCUCAAGCUAGUCCAGAUGUUUAGCGACAGAUUUUUCCUAGCCGAUGCGGAAACGUCAGUUCGAAUGCAAGCAAAAGUAGCUAAAUCGCCAGUGUAUUAUUACAUUUUUGCUUAUCCUGGUGACAACAACGACAACAAAAUUGUUACGCAUGGUGCUGACGCCAAGUACUUUUUUGGUCCGUUUUUUGAGCCCACGCCGCUCACCCCCAACGAGCUCAAAAUGAAAGAUUUGCUUCUGGAAAUGGUAGUUUCGCUUGCCAAAAAUGGAAAGGCGAAGUUAGGUGCAAAAGAGUGGAAACCCACCUCCUAUGAUAAGUUGACUUAUCUUAGUGUAAAUGGCGUCAAACCUGAAGAAGUUGAAUUAAGAACGACGGAAGAAUUGAGCACCAGAGGGUUCUGGCAGUCUUUGGAUUUUUUGGAAGGCGAAAAUCUUAAUGCUGUUAAAGACGAGCUAUAAAUUUUUGAGCAUG